CCCUUUCCUUUUUCUCCUUUUGGAUUCCCCCAAAAGCAGAGAGAGAUAAUAAUUCAGACACAAAAAAGACCGCACCGAUCCCCCAUCGAUUCCUUCCUCUUCCGCUUCCCCCUCUUCUUCGUAGUUGCCGAAAAUCGACGCGACGCGACCCGACCAUUCCUCCGGCCGAUUCCUCGUUCCUCCCCUCGCCCGGUCACAAUGGCGUCUUGCCAUUCCCUUCCGUAGACCGAAUCAAACGUGUCAAACCCUUCGAACAAGUCUUUUCCCCAGAAUUUCACCCCCGCCCCCCCCCCCCGUCCUCUCCUGGCGCGCUCGCCGGGUUAUAUAUAUGCCGGGGAAUCGAGCCCGUAUAGUCAAGUGCGUGGGCAGAUCUGCGAUGCGAUUUGGCUUCCGGUUCUCGAACCCGUCGGGAUUCUUCUGAAGCGAGAGUGCGGAGGGCGCGGCGGGCCGGGGCGGAGAGCUCGAGGAUGACCGGCGCUUCGCACGCCGCCCACGGCAGCAGCACCCGUGAUAUCCUCUGCCAUGCCGCUGCCGGCGCGGCCGCAGGUGCUAUUGCGGCCACCUUCGUCUGUCCCUUGGAUGUUAUCAAGACGAGGCUACAGGUCCAUGGCAUUCCCUCCGGUCAUAAAGGAAGCAUUAUAAUCACAAGCCUACGGAACAUAGUAAGGCAGGAAGGUGUGAAGGGACUGUACCGCGGCCUCUCACCAACAAUUCUGGCUCUUCUUCCGAACUGGGCUGUCUACUUCACAGUUUACGAGAGACUUAAGGGGCUAGUCCAUUCACAUGAUGAUAAUGGCAAUCAAGUAAGCACGGGUGCCAACAUGCUAGCUGCUGUGGGGGCUGGAGCUGCCACAUCAAUCACUACAAAUCCUUUAUGGGUUGUAAAAACCAGACUCCAAACACAGGGUAUGAGGCCAGAUGUGGUCCCAUAUGCAGGCGUGCCUUCUGCUUUAUGCAGGAUCGUACGUGAGGAAGGUCUCCGUGGUUUGUAUAGUGGCAUUCUCCCGUCAUUGGUAGGAGUAAGCCAUGUUGCGAUUCAGUUUCCAGCAUAUGAGAAGAUCAAAUGUUACAUAGCGAAAAAAGAUAAUACAACUGUCGAUCAACUUAGUACCGGAAGUGUAGCAAUUGCCUCAUCAAUAUCUAAGCUCACUGCCUCCAUCAUUACUUAUCCACAUGAGGUGGUACGUUCCCGGUUGCAAGAGCAGGGACAUGGAGCUAAGGUUCGGUAUGUUGGAGUUGUUGAUUGUGUCAGGAAAGUGUUUCGGAAGGAGGGUAUCCCUGGGUUUUAUCGAGGCUGUGCUACAAAUUUAAUGAGGACUAUUCCAUCCGCUGUUAUUACAUUUACCAGUUACGAGAUGAUACAUAGAUUUUUGGUACAAGUAUUACCUCCGGACAAAAGACAUUCGCGAUCCCAUCCCCGACCAGAAACCCAAGGAACUAAAGAGGGAAAAAAUGGUGGAGUCUCUCAACAAUCGCAGACCCACUCACAUAAGCCGACCCACAUGGUUCCGUAGGGAAAGAAAAGAUCAGCUAACAGCAUAAGUCGAUUAGAUUUUCUGAUGUAUUCCAUUUUCCGAUUUUGAUAAUUUUUUUUUUUAAUUUAUGUUUCCAAAAUUGUAAUGCUUAAUUUAAAUGCGGAGGUGAAUAAAAGAAUAAUCUUUGUUGCUUUAUUUUUAACCCAUUGUUGGGUAGGGGCUGUCUUUUGAUUUUUGUACUUGUCUGAUUUUUGAAUAUGGGCGAGAUGUCUGGUUGUAAGCACUAUUGAUUUACCAUAGAGCAGCUCCGCUCUUAAUAUUUUUGUGCCUUCA